CGGGAUGUUAUUAGCAUUUCUUCCAGCACAACAAGAGCAGACAACAAAGCCCCUACUGCUGUUCCUCUUCAGAUCCAGCACUCGUCGAUACCCUGUGUCAUCCAAAAUGUGCGUUCUUUUGCUCAUUUUUCUUGUGGCAGCCUUGGCUGGCUUCUGUGACGCGCUGUCACCCCACAAACCAGCUCAUGUGGGGCGUCUUGUGGCCGAUGACCUACCGCGUUUCUCUCACCACGGCCUGUUCUCGCGCAACGACACCAACUCUAGCAAGACUUCUGGCACAUACAAGCUCUCCGACCUGUACGACUACACCAAUUUCUUUGACAAGUUCAAUUUCGUCGAGAGUCGCACUGGUACAGACCAGUACAGCGAUGUUGACCCGACACAUGGCUUUGUCCUCUACCAGAAUCGGUCUGAGGCCGAGCGCAUGGGCUUGGCGCAGGUGGUCGAUGGUUCUGUGGCUAUCAUGGCUGACUACAAGACCGUGAUUGACGACCCACGUGGCUACGGUCGGAAGAGUGUCAGGAUCGAGAGCACCGCGAGGUACAACCAUAGUCUGGUUAUUGCGGAUUUCUGGCACCUCCCAAAGGCCCAGUGUGGAACCUGGCCCGCCUACUGGACGUAUGGACCUCACUGGCCAGAGAGCGGGGAGAUGGACAUCUACGAGCAGUGGAACGACUACCAGUUCAACCGCCAGACCCUGCACACGGACCACAACGUGUCGACAGGCAACUGCACCUUCGACAUGGGGAGCACCCUCGGCUUCCACGCCUUCGACAUGGCCAACUCCAAGAUAACCGAGACCUGCGACGUCUACGCGAGCGACAACAGCGGCUGCACCAGCUGGGACUACGAGGGGCCCUACGGCUCACGGGAGGGCGGCGUCUACGCCAUGGAGUGGACGAGCGACUACAUCCGGAUGUGGACGUGGCACCCGGACGAUGUCCCGCUGGACGUCCAGGAGGGCGCCCCGGACCCGGAGGGCUGGGGCCUGCCUGGGCUCUCGGUGGGUGGCUCGCUUUGCGAUGUUGACCGGGCGUUUAAGAACCAGGCCAUCGUGCUGAACAUUGACUUUUGCGGCGACACUGCGGGAUCUGCAAACGAGUGGACCCAGUCAUGUGCUGAGAAGACGGGCUACAACAUCUGUGCGAGAUAUGUGGCGGCGGAACCUGGGGAUUUCGAGGAGUCGUGGUUUGGGGUGAGGACGAUCAAGGUCUACACUCUUCACUGAGCUUUGCAUAAAUGGCACACCUUUGGCACCGAUCCUAGAAAUACGUUC